CAAUCAUUGACGUGAACCGAACCAUGUUUCAGUCAUUACUACAGAUUUACUGAAGGGAUCCUUCAGCUCUUCCCCAAUGUGUCUAGUUAGCAGCAACCAUGCAGAGGAGAUCCAUGCUGCCUCUCCAGACAUGGGUAGCCUCCCUAGCCUUCUUGUCUCUCGGGAGACUUUCGAGCCCAGACUCUGUGGCCCCACCUCAAGCCCCACGGCAAAAGGAGCCCACAUGGACUCCAGGGAGGGGCAUGCAACCCCUCUGAGCGGCAGGAGGAGGCACCACAGGGAGGGGCAGUGUGGAGAGAAAGGGCUGGGACCCUGUUCCCUACAGAGCCUGACCUCCAGUAGUCAGAACUCCACAACAGCCACCAGAAGCAAAAGCAAAUGAUUGUUGGCUGGAAAAAAAGACUGCAGACAGUUCUCAGAGUUCUUGGACGACGUGAGCGGCAGAGCGCUGGUCCGGUCAGCCUGGAUGCCUUCAGAAAACGACCACCCCCCCCCCCCCCGCCAAGAUCCAGCUCACUUGGCCCGAGCCUCACCCCGACCACAGGGUCCAGAGACGACAUUGUCCAAGCAGAGCGCCGGUGGGGCAGCAGUUGGCCCUGCUCAGGCUCCCAGCAGCAGAGCACUCGGCCUGGGGAGAGGAUGCAAGAUCGCACAGAGUCGACGGUGGGGAAAGCCUACCUGGAGACAGACAUCGACAGUGUCCGGAGGGAGGAUGAGCUGAAGGACAUCAAGACUACUAAGGAGAGAACAUUGUCAAAGCUGGAGAGGCAGAGGACAAUGGCACUGGGAGGAAAAGCAGCUCCUCCAGAAUUCUGGCAGGGAACUUUUGGAUGGAUGAGAAGUCCAAGUCUAGCUUUGCGCGAUGAGGGGUUAGGUGUGAGAUCCCACUACCGAUCCUACUCUCUACCCAGAGGGAUCAACAUGGUUCCUGACGAAGAGAUGAACACCAUCAGUGAGCAGCAGAGGCAGCAGGCAGCAGGAAAGCAGGAUUUCUCUGUCAUCAUCUCAGGCACCAGGCGAUUCACUAUGAGGCUCUGUGUGAGCACCAGCGGAAGCUCUUUGCAGGAGCAGAAAGAAGACCUACGUAAGCGUCUGUCCUACACCACCCACAAGCUGGAGCUGCUUGAGAGCGAGUUUGACUCCACCCGCCAGUACCUGGAGACAGAGCUACGCCGUGCUCAGGAGGAACUUGACAAGUUCACGGACAAACUACGCAGAAUACAAAGCAGCUACUCAGCACUGCAGAGGAUCAAUCAGGACCUGGAGGAUAAGAUCCAGAGAAAUUCUCAGCACCAUGACGAUGAGAAGAGAGCCCUGAGCAGAGAGAUCAUUGUGCUCAACAACCACCUGAUGGAGGCCAAGCUGACCAUUGAGAAACUGCGGGAGGACAAUGAUUUGUACAGGAAGGACUGUAACUUGGCUGCCCAGCUGCUCCAGUGCAACAAGUCCCACUACCGGACCCAGCUCUCUGAGUUGCCAGCUGAGUUCCAGGAACGUGUCAGCAUGCACAUGGAAGGCACACCUCUUUGCCACACUGCCUACGCCGACUCAGUUCCUGCCUCUGUCAUCGCCAAGGUGCUGGAGAAGCCGGACGAGGCCUGCAGCGGCAGCCAAGCCUCCAGUUCACCCACCCCCCAGGCCCAGGACCAAGGCUUCCUCCUUGACACCCUGGACAGAGGUGCGCACCUGGGCCUCCGGGCGGCCUACAAGUCCGACCUGUACAGCAGCGACACGGCCCUGUACUGCCCGGUCGAUCAAAACCGUGAGCGCAGGCCAAGCAUGGACCUCCAUGGACAGAGGAAACUGAUUUACGGACCCCAGAACUCCAUGGACAGUAACCCAGAGGAGGGUCCCUUGUUAGGGCUAAGGUCUGGCUUCUCCCAGGAGUGCUUUGCCAAGUUCCCCACCACUCUGGGACCCGCAUCAGGGAGCUCGUACUCCAGCUUCAGCGGAGGGGGCUCGGACGACAACAAGGGUGACGGCCCCCCGAGCAGUACUGCCUCCUCCCCCCACCACCACUCCCUGUACAUGGACUGGAGAGAUGGGGGAGACUAUGAGAGGAAGAGCGACUCCUCCUGGGAGAGGGACAGUCCUGGCGGGGGUGGGUUUGCCAAGGUCCACGCCGUCUUCCAGCAGGCCGGUGAGCAUGGCGGAGCACACCACCAGAACGGCAGCUCGCCCGUCUACAGCCGCACCAUGUCGUCCUGCUUCAGCGAGCCCUACGAGCCCCUCCCUCCCUCGUCCUCGCCCAGCGUCGCCUACGGUGACAGUCGCCGUGGCAGCACGCUGGCGCCAGAGGAGGAGGAGCUGAUUGGCCGCUGGAGGCAGCUCAGUGUGGAGGACCUGAGCGCCCACUCGUACCACUCGCCAGGCCGGGCCUCGCCCUACAGCUUCUCCGAGCAGCACUUCUCCGUACGCCCUGCCAAGAUCCGCCUAGGGCCCCUGUACAGCAGCUUCCAGGAAGGGGCCGACUACUACCACCAGGGACCCAUCAUGGAACCCCCAGUGGGCUUCUCCACACCCAGCCCAGAGUGCAGCCCUGGUGGGGGCCUCCGUCAGGCCCAUCAGUCCCACAGCCAACAGGCCCACCAGACCCAUCUCUACCGGGCCAAAGAGGACAGCCAGGACUCUGAGAACAGCCCCUACCACUCAGGGAACACCAAGGAGGGUAGUGUCGGCGGGGCGGGGGGUGGGGUUGGUGCGGGGCAGAACAAGGAAUACGUGGACGUCAGUCCCAACAGCUCCACUGAGUCCCUUAACCAAAGGUCCCUGCAGAUGGCCGCCGAGAUGCAGCAGCAUUACCAGGCCGAGAUGCAGCCCCCUUCGCCCCCUCAGGGGAGCCCUCCACCGCCCCCGCCAGCACCAUGUCCUCCACCCCCGCAGUACCAACAAUUUGGCACAUUAGGACUCUCCAGAAAGGACAGUCUGACCAAGGCCCAGCUGUACGGAACACUUCUGAACUGAAAGAAGAAAAUGCUCUUGUUCUCUGAGGUAAUAUUCUCUCUCUUUCUCCAUCUCUUUUUCUGUUGGGAUGUGAGGUGAGAGGUCUUGGUGAAUCCGGCAAAACACGUGAAUGUGUUUGAGGCUAGCCGUUCGUUCUGUGGAAGGACAUUCGUUUUGAUAGGUCAGUUAGAGGAUACGGUGAGGUAGGUUCAGCUUGAAUUGGUCAUAUUGUGGCCACGUCUGUGAUGGACUGACAAACUACUGGUUUGUAUCACUAUAAUGAAUGUCUGUGGAUGUUUAGGUCAGGUGAAUUGACGAUUUCUUACAGUGUCAAAUGAAUGGGAAUUAUAAAAAGCAACAGUGCUGUGGUACAUUAGGUUUUACAAAAAACUAUUUGAAUGUUACUGGAGAACACGGUUGCUGAACAGUUGUACCCAAAGCAGUGAGCUUGUAGACAAAGUAUUUAAAGUAACUGUUGAAAUAUGGACAUACACAUAUAUAUUUAAUUACAACUACAAUAAUUGAGUGUUCAAAGAUAUAUUUUGUACGUAGCCACAUUCUAAAGAAAGCAUUACACUGAUGAUUAUAUAGAAAUGGAUACAAUUCAAUCAGGUGUGGACACCUAACACUGUAUAUAUGUCUGGUUAAGAGCAACUGCCAAUGAAUGAGAGACACUUCGAAUGUUGAAGAUUCAGAAGACUCAAAGUCAAAUAUAGAUUUGUUUAUUGUCAACCACAGGCUGAAAACUGUGCUGCAUUUGGGCAGAGUAAAAUAUGUAUGGGCAUGGGGCUUAGGUUAAAGUUGCAGUACUCUCUAGUAUAUUAGGUGCCUUGGGAAUGUGUUAAAGUGAUGUUUUACUCAAAAAUAGAUAUCCUUAACCUGAACCUGAGUGCAGCUCCAUUCAUUUAUUUUUUAUUUUUGCUUUGACAGGAUUUCACUAUCUAUAGCACCUAGAAAAAAAUCUAUUAAUUAUUGUAUAACCAAAUGACUUCUUUUGAGACAUUAACGUAUGUCUUGAACAAUGAUGCCAUUUCUAUUAACACACGUAAAAUGUAUCUGUCCUUGGUGACCAGAUCCGGUAUUCAACCUGAGGGCUGUAUUUCCUUAAAGUGAAAAUUAACAACAUAUUUUCCUAUAUCCAUUGCUUUUGGAAAUAUUAUUAUUAGUGAGCUGGACAGUUGAGAAACUGAAUGAAUGUAAAUACAUUUUAAUACACAGUUUCAAUUCUGUAAUUUUCAAGUACAGUAUUUUUAUGUUCGUAACCCCUGGCAGGCCAAUGGUGUACACCUCUGCUCUAUAAACAUUUAGGUUUUCCAGUCCCACUCUACCUCAGAUUUCCAUGCCCAUAGUCCCAUCAAGCAACUACAAUCCUGUUUCUGUCACAUAAUGAUGCAUGUUAAUAUCUUUCUGUUGUGUUUCGCUUAACCUAAUAAAGCACAAACUACGCAUUUAUAUGCACCAAGGCUUGAUGAACUACUUCAAUGUUGGUGUAUGUGUGAGAGACUGCAGUGGAUAAUGCUAGCAGGUAGGUAGGUAGGUUUCCAUGCAAUUGGCAACAUAAUUUUUUGAAAGUAUUCUCAAAUCCACAUGAAGGUGUGCAUUUUCUGACCAGCAGUCUUUUUCUUUUGUUUAAAAAGGCAUUGUGUCCUGUAAUGCACACAAAAUGUAUUUUUUGCGUAAGUUUUCAUGUACUAAAUAAAAAUCGUAACUUGUAAGUGUUUCAAUCCCAUUUCCACUCUACCAAUAGUUGUGUCACUGAAUUGGCAACUAACACGUGGGCCCUCGUCGUGGCAUUCGGUCGAACAGCAGCCCCGCUUUAAUCAAGUCACCGGGACCAAUCACGCUUAUACCUGUACACGUGAAUUUCAGUAACUUAUUUUAUUUGUAGCCUAAUAAACAGGAUGCUUUUUGAGCAGUAUUUAGAGGACUACAGAACAUAAUCAUUGCAGGGCCCCAGUUUACUUCACUGUUAUAGUUAGUUUAGCAAUAUAUACCAUCAUUUCUUGCAUAAUGUAUUUUACAA